UCUCAUGUGAUGUUAAACAACAAAUCCAAUUAUGUUUUCUCCCUUUCGUCAUCAUCAUCUUCUUCUUCCUUUCUCCCGAAAUUCAAUGUCAUCAUCCCCAACAAACAAACCCUAAUCACUCAUCUAAAUCCUCAUUCAUCAUUACAAUCCGAUUCAUUUCAUAAAUGAAGAAAACCCAUCUUCCAUUCCUCUUAUUAACAUUCACUCUUUCACUCACAACCGUCCACUCGCAGUCGAACGAUUCCGACGUAAUGCAGACCCUAAAACACAAUCUCGACCCAUCAACCACACCCAAUUGGUCCGACCCGAAUCCAUGCAACUGGGUCUACGUAACCUGCUCCAAAGACAACCGGGUCACCGGCAUUCAAGCCAAUGGUCUCAACCUUAAAGGCUCAUUACCUCAAACCCUCAACAAUCUCACUCAACUCCAACUCUUAGAGCUCCAAUUCAACCAACUCAGUGGCCCAUUACCGAGUCUCACCGGGUUAACUCAGCUCCAGAACCUCUUCAUCAACAACAACAAUUUCACCUCAAUUCCCAACGAUUUUUUCGACGGUAUGUCUUCGUUACAGAAUGUUUAUCUUGAUUACAAUGCCUUUGAUUCUUGGUCUAUUCCUCAUAGUUUAAAGAUUGCUUCCAAUUUGCAUAUAUUUUCUGCUACUGCCACUAAUUUAACUGGGAAAAUACCUGAUUUUUUUGGGAAUGAUACGUUUACCGGGUUGGUUACGCUUCGGUUAGCUUUGAAUUGUUUAGAAGGGGGGUUGCCCAAUACGUUUUCGGGUUCUUUGAUUCAGAGUUUGUGGUUAAAUGGGCAGCAGAGUUUGCAUAGGUUGAAUGGUAGUGUUGGUGUUUUACAGAACAUGACACAGUUGACCGAAGUUUGGCUUCAUGGGAAUUUGUUUUCGGGUCCGUUGCCGCAGUUAUGGGGGUUGAAUAAGUUGCAGAGUUUGAGUUUAAGUAAUAAUAGUUUAACCGGCACUGUUCCACAUUCGUUAACUGGUUUGCAGUCUUUAAAAGUUUUGAACUUGAGUAAUAAUAUGUUUCAAGGGCCAAUGCCGAAGUUUGAUAAGUCGGUUUCGGUUGAUAUGACUGGGAUUGGUAGUUUUUGUUUGCAAGAACCGGGGGUCGAGUGUGAUUCGCGUGUUAAUUUGUUGGUUGCGGUUGCGGAGUCUGUUGGGUAUCCGCAACUUUUUGCUGAGAAGUGGAAGGGGAAUGAUCCGUGUAACUUGUGGUUGGGGAUCACUUGUUCGAGUAGCGGGGAGAUUACGGUUGUUAAUUUUAGAAAAAUGGGGCUUACGGGUACUAUUUCGACGAAUUUUUCGUCGAUUAUGUCGCUGCAAAGGUUGAUUCUUGCGGAUAAUAAUCUUACGGGUGUUAUACCUAACGAGCUUAAAGAUUUGCCUCAUCUUGUGGAGAUAGAUGUUUCGAACAAUCAACUUUAUGGUAAAGUUCCAAGCUUUAAGGAGAACGUUACGGUGGUAAGUGACGGGAAUCCGAAGAUGGAGACAGACGGUCCCACUGCAACGCCGGUUUCACCCUCUGGCGGUGAUCAAAGACCGAAAGGUAAUGGUGGUGGUGGUGGCAAUGGUGGUGGUGAUCGAGGCAGUGAUAGUGGUGGCGGUGGUGGUCGUGGUCGUGGUCGUUCAAAUACGGGGAUUUUUGUAGGAUGUUUUAUUGGCGGAGUUGGUACCGUCUUGCUAAUGGCAUUGCUAGCAUAUUGUGUUUACAAACUCAAAACCAAACUUAAAGUUAACCGUUCGCGUAGUCCGGUUAAUCAUAGUACAGUGGUGGUACACCCCCGCCACUCGGGUUCUGACGGUGACGGGGUUAAGAUCACGAUUGAUGAUGCGUGCACGGAUAACCGGUCCCAGGAGAUAAACAGUAUGUCGAGUAGCGGACCGAGUGACAACGCAAUCGAAGUCGGGAAUCUGUUAAUUUCAAUCCAAGUACUUAAAAGCGUCACGAACAAUUUCAGCCCGAGUAACAUACUAGGGAGAGGCGGGUUUGGAACAGUUUACAAAGGCGAGUUGCAUGACGGAACUAAAAUCGCGGUCAAACGAAUGGAAUUGAGCAUCACGAAUGAGAAAGGGUUAUUCGAAUUUCAGUCCGAAAUCUCGGUUCUUACCAAGGUUAGACAUCGACAUUUAGUUGCGCUUUUAGGGUAUUGUUUGGAUGGAAACGAGCGAUUACUCGUGCUUGAAUACAUGCCUCAAGGGGCACUAAGUCGGUUCUUGUUUAAUUGGGAGAGCGAAGAUUUGAAGCCUCUUGAUUGGACUACGAGAUUGGUGAUUGCUUUAGAUGUGGCAAAGGGGGUUGAAUAUUUGCAUGGUUUAGCACAACAAAGUUUCAUUCAUCGCGAUCUUAAACCGUCUAAUAUUCUUCUUGGUGAUGAUAUGCGGGCUAAAGUCGGGGAUUUCGGGCUUGUUCGGCUCGCUCCGGAUGGUAAAGUUUCACUUGUUACACAAUUGGCAGGAACAUUUGGGUAUCUUGCACCAGAAUAUGCAGUUGCGGGCCGAGUGACUACCAAGAUCGACGUGUUCAGUUUCGGGGUGAUUCUAAUGGAAUUAAUCACAGGAAGAAAAGCAUUGGAAGAAACCCAACCAGAAGACAGUGUUCAUCUGGUUCAAUGGUUUAAAAAAAUGCACAUAAACAAGGCCACCUUUAGAAAAGCCAUUGACCCGUGUCUUGAACCAUUUCUCGAUGAAACAGCGUUAGCCAGUGUGACCAUGGUAGCUGAGUUAGCCGGCCAUUGCUGUGCCCGUGAACCGUACCAGAGACCAGACAUGAGUCAUGCGGUCAAUGUGUUAUCGUCUCUUACCGACCUUUGGAAACCAACUGAAUCAGACCAGGAUGAUAUUUAUGGAAUUGACCUUGACACGCCUUUGCCUCAGGUGGUUAAGAGAUGGCAGGCCAUGGAUAACGAGUCUGGGCGCACCGACAACACACGAUCGAGCCUGACCUCUUUAGCCUACGCGCACCAUGAUCCUAUGGCAUCAACCAUCAAUUCUGAUGGCGAGAAUCGGUUUUGAUUGGAGAUAUGUUUGGUUUGUGUAUUCUUUGUGAUGCUUCUUUAUCUGCUACCUUAUUUGUCAUCUGUUUAAUAAUCAAGAGUUUUUUUUUUUUUUUUUUUUUUUGUAGUAUUUUUCUUUCUUCUUUUGCUAAUUUACAUUCUUUUUGUAACAAUUUGCAAUGCACAGAUUGAUUGCUGUCUUCUUUAGUUCUUGGUUAAGGUUACGGUCCGGUUUGGCCGCUUUUGACGAAUA